CGGAGUACAUAGUUUUAUUAUAGUGGGCGGGGGGAAGUAAAGGAACAGGUAUGGUACUACUGGGGUAUCAUGGACUUCGUAAGUAACAACUCACGUUUGUCUUCUUCCCGAUCACUUUCAAAUCACUUAUUUUAUCCGCAGUGCGUGACACGCGGCUUCGGUAUUUAAAAAGCUAAGUAAAAAAAAUGCAUGAAAGAGCCUUCAGAUACGUGUACAAAGUAUCUUCUCGACCACUGGACCUCUCUUAAAACUAUUGGCCUAUAUAAAGACCGCGAGGUGUGUCUCUAGAUUCCUACCAACCACCAUUCAAUUUCUAAGAGAUAACAAACUCUUAAGAAACUUCUAGACCAAAGUAAUAUAUAUCUCUUCUUCCCUUCAGGCGUGAUAUCAUGAUAUCUGUUGUAAUCAUAACUGAGUUACUUGUGGAGUACACUACGGCUCUAGCUAAACUCACCGCCGGGGUUCUUCCGAGGCGGCAAGGUGAUGAUGUACACGUCGUACGGAUUGGUCGUUUCUCUCUUCAUUGUCCUCCUAGAUCCUCACCUAUCCCAGACUACUCUUCUCAUCUUGUUGAUUUCUGAUCUCCUCUCUUGCAACAUUUCAUCUCAGUUUUGUUUCACUUUCAUUUUUCACCGAAGAAGAAUCUUUUUCUUUCUCUAGUUCUUUUUUUGUUUUUGUUUUUGUCUUUGAAUGGCUCUGAGCUUUGUAAAAUUGUAUCGAAUUAUAUAAGAGAGGUUUUUAUGAUUUUGAUUAACUCUGGCUUGUUUGAUGUAAGACGCAUUU